AUGGCUACCCCCAGUGUCCUUACUUUUGAUGCUGAGGGCCGUGCUGCUGACUUUGAGGUCUGGGUCGAUGACCUCCAGCUGUUUCUCCAGUGCAAUAGGGCAGACGGACUCUCUCUGUUUGAUCUCACCUCUGGUGUCUCUCCUGCCCCGCCUGCCACUAGUGACAGCACUGUUCGCUCACAGUGGGCCACACACGAUGCUGCUACUCGCCUUGCUGUGCGUCGCCACUUACAGACCACUGAGCGUGCACACUUUAGCCAGUACAAGAGUGCUCAGACCUUGGACCACUUCCUCUCAGUUUGCCCCACCACUCUCACCGUUGACCUCCUCGAGAAGGGCCUCCUAGCAGCAGAGAAGAGCAUAGUCGCUGUAGGAGCCUCUCGUGGUGACCCUCGCACCCUCGUCUUUGAGGGGUAUUCUCCCUCCCCCCUCUUACCCUCUGUUGCCUCUGCUUUGCGGCCGACCUCGUUGGUUUCGAGUCAGUCGGCGCUGCGUCUACCCCUAGCGCAAGACGCCGCACCGGCAAGAGCAAGGGGAGCAAGGGCGCUGAAGGGGCUGGCGGGGGCGGUGGAGGUGGUGGUGGAGGCAGUGGAGGGGGUGGGGGUGGUGGUGGGAAUGGUGGCGGGGGUGGCGGCGGCAGCGGCAGCAGUGGAGGCGGAGGAGGCGGCGGUGGUGGCGGAGGGAGCAGAGGCAGCGGAGGUGGCGGAGGAGGCGGAGGUGGAGGAGGCGGCGGAGGCGGCGGUGGCAGCGGUGGCCAUGAUGGAGCAGGUCGCGACUCUGCGCAGAGGAGUGGCUCAGCGCGGUGGGGGUACUGGUCCCUACACUUACGUCCUCCGUACCAGCGACCGAGCUGGUGAGCAGUGCAGGGGCCCGCACUCCACCCAGCACUGCUUCGGUCGACUGACGGACGCGUGGCGUCGCCAGAUCCCUGAGGCGUCAGAGAUCCCUCGCUGGGGAGAUCUGUUUAGGGCGGGGGUGGCUAUCUUUGAUCUUGACUAUGAUGCUAUCCUUGCUGCCAUGUAUUUUGUGUCUACUAGUGUUGAGGGUGACUGUUACCUGCAUGUACCGCUUGACCCGGGCAUUGAGGCCACUGCUCUAGGUGCUGGUGAGGCUGCUGCCCUAGGUGCUAGUGCGUCUACUGCCCCAGGUGCUAGUGCGUCUGCUGCCCCAGGUGCUGGUGAGUCUGCUCUCUCAGGUACUAUAUCGGCUCAGGCCUUACACACCUUCACCCUUGACUUGGGUGCGUCACGCUCCUUCUUUCGAGAUUGUACCACUCCUCCGCCGCUUAGUCGGCCGGUUGCAGUCUCCUUGGCGGACCCCUCUCGGGGUCCUGUCCUUGCUAGCUUCUCUACUGUCUUACCGUGCUUGGCAGCCCCCUCUGGCACCCUGUCAGGUCUCUACCACCCCUCGUUCUCUACGAACUUGGUGAGUGGAGCGGAUCUAUAG